AGUCGAGUUUAUUGCUUUAAAAAGCGAUGAUGCUCUUAAAAGUCUUAGUACAAGUUUAUAAAAGUUAUGGAGCAUAGAAAAGUAUGAAGAAAUUAUGAAUUAGAUAAAUUUAAAGAGAUUAAUUGAAACUCCAUUCAUGAUGGAAAUCAUAGUUUAAGUGUUGUCUUCGAUGUUGAUUAAAGCGUCUGAGAAAAUUCGAAUGAAAUAAAACUUUAUCAAUAAUUUCUAAAAAAUGUUUAAAGCAUUCUUGAAAAGGAAAUAUUUGAUUCAGAUGUAUCAAUAGCUUUAGAACAAAAAAAUUUAAAAUGAUAUUUUAGAAGUUACCCAAACAGAUAUAUAAAACUUGGAAGAAAGUGAUUAUAACCAAAAAGUUACUCUUAAAGUUUGGAAUAGAAUGGAAGAGAAUUCUAUUCCUUAUCAACUUUAAAUCUCUCAAGAAUUCAAAGGAUUGAAUAACAUAAUUUUAAAGAUAAUUGACUCUGAACUUCUCUUUCAAAAUAAUACAUUUAAUAAAGUGAAGAUCGAAAAUGAUAGCCUCAGAUCUUUAGUUUGGGAGGCAUUAACAGAAUAAAAUUUAACAAGUUUUGACUUUUAUAGUUAAUUUAUUGAUUAAUACUAUUUGAAAUAAAUAAAAAAUUUUGGAAAAUCUAUAAAUAUUGUUGAUAUAUAAAGAUAUUCAAUUAAUCUUGCAAAAAAUAUGAGCUUUAUUGUUUAAUUGUGUAUGGAAUAAUUUAAAAAUAAAUUAAUUUAUUCUACUUAAAGGUCACAGUAGUGCUGUAAAAUCUGUCUGUUUUUCUCUUGA